AUGGCAUCGAUUGAGGCGCUUUUAACGGACGCAUCGGAGUUGCAGAGGGAAAUUAAGCGCAGAAAUGACGCCGCCGAAUCGGACAGAGCUAGGAAAUUCAUAGCUGCUCGUAAACUCCAAGCUUGGUUCCGGGGUUUGGCGACUCGGAAGCACCUGCGAAUGUUACGGAAUUCCGCGAUCACGAUCCAGCGACAUUGGCGAGGAUUUAUGGCUCGAAAGUUUGCAAAGUCGUACGUGAAGGACCAGGUCAAAAGGAUGUGGUGGAACCAUUACCACAGAUGCGCGACUAAGAUUCAAGCUCUUUGGCGGGGCUACGAGGCCCGGAAAAAUGGCGUUAAUAUACCAAAGUACAAAAAGUGGCUUCAUUCGGUUUACGAAAAAAAUGCGGAGGCCUUGACGAAAAUGAAAGAGUAUAACGGCCUCUGUAAUCAUCAUUUGAACUCCCGGUGCCAAACGGACGACGAUGAUGUAAUCGCGGAGCUUUUCUUUUUUUUGCAGGUUCAGGGAGUGGAGCUUUUUUACGCGCGGAAUAUUACGGAGCAUAACUCGUUACUCUGGAUUCUUUUCAUCCUCUUUAAACUCCAUCAUUUACUGAGGACCGAGAGUCGGCCGGGGGUCUUGACGCGAAUCGACGAAACGAAAUUCACCGUGAUAGAGGAAAUGAUCCGGAGUCUCGAAUACGCCAGGUACAUGGAGAAUCGACGGAGAGAAAAGUGCGGUCAACAACAACCGGAAAUUUCACCUCCGCUUCUGAAGGGAACUUACUUUGCACGAUGCGAAAAGGAGAUUCGCGAACUUCGGGAAAGUUUGGAAAUGGGAAAAGCGUCACUUCGUAGAGGUGAGGAAAUUAGGUUUUAUGUUUAAAAGUUUCAUU